AUGAGUAAUUACAAAAGCACGAAGAAAAAUGGAAAACAACAAGAGGACACUUUUCUUCACGGUGUUCACGAAGACAAGAAAGGGAGAAUAAUUUAUGUAUUAUUUUUCACAGCGGAUGUUGAACUAGCAAUAAUUAUAACGAGUGGUUUGUUUAAGAACAAACGUACGUAUUGCACUUACUGCAUCGCUGGGACAGUGGCGAUUUUACAUUGCGUCGUGCUGAUCGGCAUGCUGUUUCCAUAUCCUCUACACGCGUCGUGCAUUGUGAAAUGGAAGUUCGGCGAGCCAUGUACAUACGUAACGCAGAAGUUGCAAUGUCAAAUUAUGAAUUGGUCUUCCUGGAAUACCUGUCGACAACGCGAUCAUAAUUGUCUGUACACGCUGAAGUCGGCAGCAGACGAAAAUGUGAUCAGAGCAACGCACAUGGCGUCAAAUUUGAAGUCCCAUGAAAAGAUCAGAAUUGUCUUCGAGGAGGUGAACAAUACCUGCCUUGCUACGGCUGACUCCGUAUCAGACGAUUUGUUCACGAUAUUCGAUUAUGCGGCGAACUAUUGCAAUCUGCACAACUUGGUAGUGGGCGCCAGUCUUGAUAGACACGCAAAAUUCCUGGAGACGACAAGCGAUACUCUUUGCACGCAAUUCAGCAUGGCGGUUUGCGGAUGAAGAGAGACGGAACGCCAUUCAUGAUUUUCAGGAAUUGCGCUCGCUCUCGAGCGGAAUAUUACGCAUGUAGAAACGCAAAUAUUCGUAUUCUCAUAAUAAUUUACAUAUUUUCGUACAAGUAUUACAAGAUUAUUUACAUCAUAGAUUUGUACUCUUG